AUGUCGGCUAUUCCAUUGCCAGCUCUUGACUUGUUCCUAUCUGUUAUUAUCAUUGAGCUUGACGGGAACCCCUGGCAGUGUGACUUGUGGUACAAGAGGAGGACCAGGCAGCCUCCUUUAGGCCCAAAUUCCAAUGUUCUUUGUGGUAACGCAAACACCACAGCUACUGUAUUGACGAGUGACGAUGAUAACAAGUAUGAAGAUAUUGACAAUCAUCAUGUUGAAAAUGAGCAGGGUCAGUCUCAGGACGACAUUGAAUCCAACACAACUACCACAGCUACUGUAAUGACCAGUAGUCAGACAGGGCAGGCUACUGUAAUGACCAGUAGUCAUAAUCAGAUAGGGCAGGGUCAGUCUCAGACCGACAUUGAAUCCAACACGAACACCACAGCUACUGUAAUGACCAGGGGUGAUGAUAACCAGUAUGAAGAUAUUGACAAUCAUCAUGUUGAAAAUGAGCAGGGUCAGUCUCAGGCCGACAUAGAAUCCAACACAAACACCACAGCUACUGUAAUGACCAGCAGUCAUGAUAAGACAGGGCAGGGUCAGUCUCAGACCAACACAGAAUCCAAUACAAACACCACAGCUAAAGUAAUUGCUACUGUAAUGGCUAGUGGUGGUGGUCACCAGUAUGAGUAUAUUGACAAUCCUCAUGUUGAGAAAAGGCAGGGUCAGUCUCAUACCAACACUGAUUCCAACACAAACACCACAGCUACUGUAAUGACCAGUGGCCGUGGUCAGACAGGGCAGGGCCAGUCUCAGACCAACACUGAAUCCAACACAAACACCACAGCUACUGUAAUGACCAGUGACCAUGGCCAGACAGGGCAGGGCCAAGCAUAUACAAAAUUGGCCAGUAGUCAUGAUCAGUCAGGGCAGGGUCAGUCUCAGGCUAUCACUGAAUCCAGCACGAACACCACAGCUACUGCAAUAGUCAGUGGUGAUGAUUAUCAAUAUGAAGAUAUUGACAAUCAUCAUGUUAAGGCAGGACAGGGCUAUUCUAAGGAAAUCAGAAAAUCCAGCACAAAUACAGCUGCUGCUGUAAUGACCAGUGGCCAUGAUCAGACAGGAUGUUAA